AGAUGGAGCCAGAGCUCGGAGCUGGUGGUCCACGAGGAGGUUCCUGAUGGGGAGAAGCCCCACAAGUGCUUGGAGUGUGGGAAGAGCUUCAGGUGGAGCUCCCACCUGAUCGUGCACCGGAGGAGCCACACUGGGGAACGGCCCUACGAGUGUGAUCAGUGCAGGAAGAGGUUUCAGACCAGCUCCCAUCUCCUCGUGCACCAGCGCACGCACACAGAGGAGAGGCCCUUCCACUGCCCCGACUGCGGGCAGGGCUUCAGGCAGAACUCCCAUCUUGUCACCCACCGGCUCAUCCACACUGGGGAGAGGCCCCACGAGUGUGAGGAAUGUGGGAAGAGCUUCAGGCAGAGCUCCACCCUGAUCAGGCACCAGAGGACCCACACUGGGGAAUGGCCCUACGAGUGUGGGGAGUGUGGGAAAAGCUUCAGCCAGCAUUCCAGCCUGAUUGUCCACCAAAAGAUCCACUCUGGGGAGAGGCCCUACGAGUGUUCCGAGUGUGGGAAGGGGUUUCGGAUCCGCUCCCAUCUAUUCCAGCACUAUCAGAGUCACACAGAGCAGAGGCCCUUUCUCUGCCCCGACUGCGGGAAGGGAUUCAGGCAGAACUGUCACCUUGUCACCCACUGGCGCAUCCACACUGGGGAGAGGCCCUACGAGUGUCCCCAGUGUGGGAAGAGCUUCUCCAGGAGCUCUACAUUGACCCGACACCAACGGAGGCACCGGUGAGGGAAGCCCUGCGAGUGCCCCGAGUGCGGGAAGAGUUUCGUGUGCUGCUCCAGCUCCAUCCCCCACUGCAGGACCCACGCUGGGCACAGCCCUGGUGACCCACAUUCCCUGUGA